AUGGCGUUUGUUUUGGAUCUUACAUUUUCCUCUCUUCUUCCCGUGGCUUUGCUACUUCUAACCCUUUUCAUAUGGUUCUAUGCUUCUUCUAAACCCCAACAAAGGUUACCACCUUCUCCACCGAAGUUUCCAGUUGUUGGAAAUCUUUUCCAACUCGGGCUAUAUCCUCACCGCAAACUUCAAUCAUUAUCAAGAAAAUAUGGUUCCCUCAUGCUGGUUCAUUUUGGCAGCAAGCCCGUGGUUGUUGCUUCUUCAGCUGAUGCAGCUUGUGAAAUCAUGAGAACCCAUGAUUUAGUCUUUGCUAACAGGCCUAAAACAAGCAUAUUUGAUAGGCUUCUAUAUGGCAGCAAGGAUAUUGGAGCCUCACCUUACGGUGAGUAUUGGAGGCAAGUGAGAAGUAUUUGUGUGCUUCAGCUUCUAAGUCAUAAGAGGGUUCAAUCAUUUCGAUAUGUAAGAGAGGAAGAGACUUCACUUAUCGUUGAAAAGAUUACAAGUUUUUCGGCUUCUUCGCCACCUUUAUCGGCCAUAAACUUGAGUGAUCUUCUUAUGACACUGACAAAUGAUGUGAUUUGUAGGGUGGCCUUGGGGAGGAAGUACAGUGAUAGGGAAGAUGGGAGCAAAAGUAUGCAAAUCGUGAAGGAAUUUGUUGAGUUGUUAGGUACUACUGAUAUAGGAGAUUUUGUUCCAUGGCUUGGAUGGUUGAGACAUCUUAAUGAUUUGGAUGAUAAAGUGGAAAAAGUUGUUAAGCAACUUGAUGAAUUUCUGGAGGGUGUCAUUAAGGAGCACAAAGAUAGGAAAAAUGGAAAGGCUAACACUGAUGAUGGUAUAGAGGGAAAAGGCUCAGAUUUGGUGGAUAUCUUGCUUGAAAUUCAGGGGGAAAAGUCGACAGGCUUUACACUCGAACUUGACAGUCUCAAAGCAAUCAUUUUGGACAUGUUCGCUGCUGGGACUGAUACGACACACACAGAUAUGGAUUGGACAAUGACUGAAAUCUUGGAGAAAUUGCUGACUGAGCCGCACGCUGCAGCCCUCUCCCCUGCGAGCCCGUUGCGCCAUCCCCACCUGCGCUUCCUCCCACAGCCCACGACCACCGCCGUGCAGUCAACCUCAGCCGCCGCUGCUGCAGUCCACCGGGUCGCCACUCUUCACACGCCGCCGCCUGCUUCAGAGCGUCCCCAGUCGCGCGCCGCCAACACCCCAUCUCUCUCUCUCCUCGCGCGGCUGCCCACCUCUACCAGCCUGCAAGCCACCACUCUGUCCUCCAGCUCAGCUCAACCCCCUCCAGCCCGCCGCCUGCACCCCAGCGCCCAGCCUCGCGCGAGCGCAGCUCGCACUCCCCGUGCCAGCAGCUCGCCUCCUGCGCGCCCAGCAGCCAGGCGCACAGCACGCCGCGCGCCGCACGGACCAGCAGCCAUCAGCAGUUUCCUGCGCGACUCCACCGUGCGCAGAUCCAGCUCCUCAGGGGACCAAGCCCAGCAGUUCGCGCCUCCAGCCGAGCCUCCUCGCGCAACAAGAGUGGCAGAGCAGCAACUCAGCCUCCGCGUGCUUGCCAGAGACACAGAGCUCCAUAGGGGUACCGUUGACUCAUCAGAAGAACUACCAUUGCUGCUUCUUGGCAUGGAUAUGGGAGAAUCCGGAGGAUAA